GGGGUCGCUGUUGCCCGCGCCGCUCCUCCGUCCUGUCGGUGAAGGCAGAGUGUCCGCGUUACAUCCGGUUCCCCAGUGCACGUCUGUUUCGGACUUGUGUGUGUGGCGACGUCACUCCGGGCGCAGCUGUCAGCCGUGCGGGAGGGGCUAGUGCGGUAGGUCAGUGCGGGAGACCUCCGGCCAGCAGGAAGAAGUGAGUGGGUUAUGUAGGGACGGCCCCAUGUGGUGAGGGGAAGUUAUCACCCUCAGAGGGGCGUCACUCCCCACCUGCUGCUCCCGCACCCACCCUGCGCACUGUACACCGAGGGGAGGUGGUACCCCUCCGGCACCCCCAUGUGUUCCCCUUCCCCAGCCUCCAGUGUCUGAUCAGCACCUCUACCCACAUGAGGGCACUGCCCACAGCUUGUCUCUGUGCCCGCCCGAGGACAGCAGUGAAGUAGCCCGGUAUAUCCCGGUGCUCCAUGAGCUCUGGUCCCUGCCUAGCCCUGCCUGUGCCAGCACCCCAGUAGUUGUGGCUGUUGUGGCAGGUAAGGGGGUGUGCUACAGACUUGGGGCAGAGAGUCCCGCUGGGACCGCUGGCAGCAUGGAGGGACUGUCACUGAGUGAUGCUGAACAAAAGUACUACUCGGACCUUUUUGCCUACUGUGACACUGACAGCACCAAGAAGGUGGCAUCCAAUGGGCGAGUGCUGGAGCUCUUCCGGGCGGCUCAGCUCCCCAGUGAGGUGUCCCUACAGAUAAUGGAACUGUGUGGAGCAACAAGACUUGGCUAUUUUGGAAGGAGCCAGUUCUACAUUGCUCUGAAGCUUGUAGCAGUUGCACAGUCUAGUUUGCCAUUGCGAGUUGAAAGUUUAAACACUGUAAAGGACCUGCCUCUGCCAAAAUUUCUGGUGUCAAAAAAUGAACAGGAUUCAAGACAUCAGUUUGCCCACGGCUCAGAGGGUGACAACUCUGCUUCUUACUCAGGGGUUAUACCACCUCCCCCUGCCAGAAUUCAAGUUAAGAAAGGUUCCGUUAGUCAUGAUGUUAUUCAGUCUCGUGGUCCAACAGAACAGGAGUCCACCUCUCCCGUCGUAUCCCCCCAGCAGUCCCCUCCUUCAUCUCCACAUUCUUGGAGGAAGCAUAGUCGGCAUGCCAGUGGAGGAAACGGUGAACGGCCUGUGACGGGGUCUGGUCCGCUCUGGGCACCGUACAGUGAAGCACAAACAGGUAGUUCAUCUGGGGAAGGAAUAUGGCCUGCACACUCUCCACUUCCACAUCAGGAAAAUUGGGUCAGUUUUGCAGAUACCCCAACAAGCAGUGCUCUUUUAGCCAUGCAUCCUGCCUCUGUCCAGGACCAGACAACUGUUCGCACUGUGGCAUCAGCCACCACUACAAACGAAAUUCGUAGACAAUCCACUAGCUAUGAUGAUCCAUGGAAGAUCACAGAUGAACAAAGGCAGUAUUAUGUAAAUCAAUUCAAAAACAUUCAGCCUGACCUCAAUGGAUUUAUCCCAGGAUCUGCUGCAAAGGAAUUCUUUACAAAGUCUAAACUUCCUAUUCCAGAGCUUUCUCAUAUUUGGGAACUGUCAGAUUUUGAUAAGGAUGGGGCAUUGACUUUGGAUGAAUUCUGUGCUGCUUUUCAUCUUGUAGUGGCUCGAAAAAAUGGAUAUGAUUUACCUGAAAAACUGCCCGAAAGCUUAAUGCCUAAACUUAUAGAUUUAGAAGACUCUGCAGCUGGUGAACAGUCCGGUGAGGUAGGAUUUUCAAGUUCUCCAGCAGAUCCUCCCCCGAGUAAAUCACCUUCCAUGCCAUCUUUGAACCAGACAUGGCCUGAAAUGAACCAAAGUAGUGAGCAGUGGGAGACAUUUAGCGAACGCUCUUCAAGCUCACAAACUCUGACCCAAUUUGAUUCUAACAUUGCACCAGCUGAUCCUGACACUGCUAUUGUUCACCCUGUCCCCAUAAGAAUGACUCCAAGUAAAAUACAUAUGCAGGAAAUGGAGCUAAAGAGAACUGGAAGUGAUACAGCUAAUCCCACAAGUCCUAUGAACAUAAAACCACAAGAGCUCACAGAAGAAAGCAGCAUUAGUUCCUCUGUUAAAUUUGUUUCUGGGAAUCCUGUUGUAGAUGGCUAUAGCAGCUCAGACAGCUACAACUCUGAUCCUGAAGAGAUUGGAAAUGUGGUUGCUAGACAGCGGUCCCAUUCAGGCACUUCUCCAGAUAAUAUAGCACCGCCACCCCCUCCUCCAAGACCUCAUGCCUCACAUUCUCGCUCCUCAUCUUUGGACAUGAACAGGACAUUUGCAGCCACAACAGGACAGCCACAAGCCGCAUCUGUUACGCACCCUCCUGCUGUUCCUCCUCGCCCACUACCUACACAGACAUCCGGCUCACACACACACCGCUCAGUGGACUCUGAAGGUGUUUUAUCUCUGCCUAGUACUUCUCCUCAACAAAUACCAGAGCAACCAAAUUUUGCAGACUUUAGCCAGUUUGAAGCAUUUGCAUCAUGCGCAACAGAGCAACAAGCUGAGGACUUGGAGAAAAAUCCAGACGUUUCACAGGUUGAGAAGCCACCAGCGGACGCUAUUCGAGGUGCCAAGUUAAAUGGACGUGUUGAGGAUAAGCCGGUUGCUGCUGUCCCUACCAAUCUGGGAAAGGUCAGCACACCGCUUGCUCCUCCUCCUAAGCCUAUUCGUAGGCGAUUAAAAUCUGAAGAUGACCUCCGACCGGAAGCUGAAGAACCCAACCAGAAACAGAGCAACGUACUUGCCCCCCAGCCAACUAUCCCAAGAUCAGCUGGAAAAGACAAGAAAGCAAUUCAGGCUUCAAUUCGACGCAAUAAAGAAACAAAUACAGUUCUGGCACGGCUGAACAGUGAAUUACAGCAACAGUUAAAGGAUGUUCUUGAAGAAAGGAUAUCUUUGGAAGUUCAACUGGAACAACUGCGGCCAUUUUCCCACCUUUAAACAAAUGGUCCCUAUCUGAGAAUAGGCCUCCCUGCUCUAUAACAGCCCCAGAUUUCCAGUCCAGCACUACAGCGAUGAUGUGCCUCUGUUCCUUUGCCAUGUUCCCAUGACUGCACACUAGUUCAGAGAACUGAUAACCGUCUGACCUAUGCCAACCCUAAGCCUCCCUUACAGUGUCUCCUAGCAUGCACAUAAUGCUCCAUAUAUGUGUAUGGGACACCACAAGAUGCUUUAAGUCUUAUUUUAUAAUAUGGUGCAAAGACCACGUGCUGUAACCCAUUGCAAUCAAUCAGAUCUUAUGCUUUAAGCAAUCUACUUCAAUUUAGACAAUGGAAAUAAAUAUUUUGUAGCCCACAGUGACCAGAGACAUUUGCACUAUGUUACUAAAUACACCUGAUAGAAUCAGUCAUAUAUACACUUAAUCGUGUGCAAUGAAUUGUAUUCACUUCAACGAGCUUAGAGAAACUGCUGUAGAUUGUUUUUAUCAAUCCUGAUGGGAAAUCCUCUAUUUUGUACAUUGAUGUCUGUGCACCAAACACAUUACUACCCUAAUGUAUAUUCUACAGAACACAUGGUUUUGAUCCAUUAGUGUAUUAAAACCUACUAACUUCAGAACAGUACCCAAUAGUAUAAACUUUCAUAGUGCAUAAAAUAAAUGAAUAUUAAAGUGAUUUGCCAAUCAUUGCCAUUCUCUACAUGAGUUUUAAACUAGCAUUUGUAUCCUCCUACUCUGUGUUUGCACGUCAGAAGUAUGAACUUGAACAAUCCCCUCACCCGUGCAUAUGGAAAGUAUGUUUUAUUUUUUUGUUUUGUUUUUUUGAGACGGGGGGGGGUGUUAUUUUCCCCUUUUCACCCAUUUUUGUUUUAUGACAAAUCCGUUUUUCCCAAAGCAGUAUGUUUCUGGGUUAUUUCCACCUUGCCUGAAGGCCUUACUCUUUUGACAUAGACAGGCUUUACUAAUAGCAACAAACUCCCUGAGUGUAUCCUGCUCUUCAGACUGAUGUACUGUAAUAGGGUUUUGUUCUAUAUUGUAUGAUAAACACCUUUUGAUCUCAUAUGUAAAUUUGCAUUGAAAGCUGACUAAGAGCAAUUAUUGUAUUUAAUAGCUUAUUCUGGCUGUGGGAUCAUAGAUGUUACAGUGCAUGGAUCUAUCUCCGCAGAAUCAGAACUAGCAAAAGUGUGAUUUUUACACCAAUAAAACAGCACAAUAUUUUAA